UUUCUUAAUGACAUCCACACUUGGAAAACUGGAAUCCCAGGGUAUUCAGAUUUCAGUGUCAGCUGGUCUUCCAGAACUAUUUAGGCAGGAUCUAGACCUCAGGACACAAUCCCUCUACUUGUAACCAUGGAGCUGGGAGGGGCCUUCACCAUCUUUCUGGCACUCUACUUGUCUUGUCUGCUCAUCCUCAUUGCCUGGAAAAGAACAAACAAGGGGGGAAAGCUGCCCCCAGGUCCUACACCAAUCCCUUUCCUAGGAAACCUGCUUCAAGUGCGAACUGAAGGGACUUUUCAGUCUUUAAUGAAGCUCCAUGAGAAAUAUGGCUCAGUGUUCACAGUGUACAUGGGUCCCCGGCCAGUAGUUGUUUUAUGUGGACAUGAGGCAGUGAAGGAAGCGCUGGUAGACCAAGCAGAUGAUUUCAGUGGACGUGGAGAAAUAGCUUCAAUAGAGCGAAACUUCCAAGGUUAUGGUGUAGCUCUGGCCAAUGGAGAGCGAUGGAGGAUUCUUCGACGUUUUUCCCUGAGUAUCCUUCGGGACUUUGGGAUGGGAAAGCGGAGCAUUGAGGAGCGGAUCCAGGAGGAGGCCAGCUACCUAAUGAAGGAAUUUUGGAAGACCAAGGGUGCCCCAAUUGAACCUACCUUCUUCCUGAGCCGCACUGUCUCCAACGUCAUUAGUUCUGUUGUCUUUGGAAGCCGCUUCGACUAUGAGGACAAGCAGUUCCUGAAUCUGCUGCAGUUGAUCAAUGAGAGUUUCAUUGAGAUGAGCAUCCCCUGGGCACAGCUAUAUGACAUGUACUCGGGAAUCAUGCAAUAUUUCCCAGGAAGGCACAAUCGCAUCUAUUAUUUGAUUGAGAAGCUAAAGGACUUCAUUGCAUCCAGGGUCAAGAUUAAUGAAGAAUCUCUUGAUCCCCAAAACCCUCGGGACUUCAUUGACUGCUUCCUCAUCAAGAUGCACCAGGAAAAAAAUAAUCCCCACACAGAAUUCAACCUCAAGAACUUGGUCCUCACCACUCUCAACCUCUUCUUUGCUGGCACAGAAACAGUGAGCUCUACACUACGUUAUGGAUUCCUGCUGCUAAUGAAGUAUCCUGAAGUGGAAGCUAAGAUCUAUGAAGAGAUUAACCAGGUGAUUGGACCACACCGGAUCCCAAGUGUGGAUGACCGGUCUAAGAUGCCCUACACGGAUGCCGUCAUCCACGAGAUACAGAGACUGACCGACAUUGUGCCCAUGGGUGUCCCCCAUAUCGUCAUCCGGGACACUCAGUUCCGGGGGUAUUUCCUCCCCAAGGGCACAGAUGUGUAUCCCUUGCUUGGUUCAGUCCUCCGUGACCCAAAAUACUUCUGCUACCCAGAUGCCUUCUAUCCCCAACAUUUCCUGGAUGAGCAAGGAUGCUUCAAGAAGAAUGAAGCCUUUGUACCCUUUUCUUCUGGAAAGCGUGUCUGUCUGGGGGAAAGCAUGGCCCGCAUGGAACUCUUCCUCUACUUCACCUCCAUCCUUCAGAACUUCUCAUUACAUUCUCUGGUGCCACCUGCUGACAUUGACAUCACUCCUCGGAUCUCAGGCUUUGGCAACAUCCCUCCAAUUUAUAAGCUCUGCUUAAAGGCCCGCUGAGUACUCCUCAUUAUUGUCAAAGAAAGACCCAUUAGAAAGCUAAGCUGUUCUCACCCACCUCCUUGCCUCCCCCCAUUCUCACAACCAUAAUAGAAAGCACUCUUACUAUGGGCCUGUAGCUUAGUGAGGGCCAAGUCCAUGUCCUCUAUACCCAGUACAAAGGCAAUGUGCUGACCAUGAUUUAGAUAAAAUUCUGCAUGUUUAUAAUUAACUUGAUCACCCCUGUUCUGGCUUCUGUCUGUAACAAACUCUUACUGUAGAUUCUGUCUUUAGUUGUUCCUUUGUCUUUGUCCUGGUAUUGACCAAAAUAAACUUCAAAAUAAAAUCCUUUGCUAUUUGUUUUCAUCCUAACCCUUUCCACCCCAAAUAAAGUCAUGAUAGAAAUUA